GAUACACAUUUAAGAAACAAAUUUUAAAAAAUGAAGCCAUUUUCAAUUGGAUUGCAAAUAUUUUUGCUUUUACCUUGCUUGAUAUUUGCAAGGACAAUUGAGAAACUGUCUGAUCUAUCAGGUGAUGAUGAACUUUUAAAAUUUCCUGAUGAUUUGAUGAUUGGUGUUGCAAGUUCUGCCUAUCAAACCGAAGGAGCAUGGGAUAAUGACGGUAAAUCACCAAGUAAUUGGGAUGAGUACACACAUGUAAAGAAUUUUACAGCCAAUGCUGAUAUUGCUUGUGACUCCUAUCACAAAUACAAAGAAGACAUUAAACUUGCUGCAAAUGGAAACUUUAAAAUUUUCCGGAUGUCAUUGAGCUGGUCAAGAAUAUUACCAACUGGUUCAAUUGAUAAUAUAAAUUAUAAUGCAAUAAACCAUUAUAAAAACGUUUUAAAUGAGGUCAAAAAACAAGGAAUGAUACCAUUUGUCACACUUUACCACUGGGAUCAUCCAGCAAUAUUUGAUAAAUUUGGAGGAUGGAAUUCUGAGAAAAUGAUAACUGCUUUCAAUGAUUAUGCACGAGUUGUAUUUAAAAAUUUUGGUAGUAUAGUUAAAUUUUGGACAACAAUUAAUGAACCAAUCGCAUAUUGUUAUUAUGGACAUGGAAAAGGUUAUUUUCCACCUGGUGAUACAUUUGAGGGAAAAGGACCUUAUAUUUGUGGACAAAAUAUGCUCAUAGCUCAUGCUCAAGUUUAUCACUUAUUUAAAAAAAAAUAUAAUAAUUAUAAUCCAAACAGUCAAAUUGGUAUUGUUAAUACUUGCUGGAAUUUUUAUCCAGCAAAUUCAAGUGAAUCAGAAAGUGCUGAUAUUGCAUUUGAGUAUAACUGUGGAUGGUUAUCAAAUCCAAUAUUUUCAAAAGAAGGUGAUUAUCCAGACAUCAUGAAACAAAGAAUCAAGGAAAAUAGUUAUUUAGAAGGUUUAUCAACGUCAAGACUACCUGAAUUAUCUAAAUCAAUGAUUAAAUUAAUUAAAGGUACAUCUGAUUAUUUUGGUCUCAAUUAUUAUACAUCAAGAAUGACUACUAAUGUUAAAAAAACUCAAUCCGAAAAAUGGUUUGAUGACUCAGGUGUUGAUAUGACAAUAAACAAUAAAUGGAAAACGGAUGCAGCAACUUGGCUACCGAUUGUUCCUGAAGGUCUCGGAGAUAUGUUGAGAAUUAUUAAAAAUAAAUACAAAAAUCCACCAGUUUAUAUAUUAGAAAAUGGCAUUGCAUCAGAUGGAAAUCGUUAUGAUUUGGAAAGAACAAAGUAUUUUUAUUCACAUAUGAAAGAAAUGCUUAUUGCUAAAAAUCGUGAUGAUUGUGAUGUCAAGGGAUAUGUUGUUUGGAGUUUAUUGGAUAGUUUCGAAUGGCUAGCUGGAUACAGUCAACCAUUUGGUAUUGUUCAUGUGGAUCACAAUAGUCCUCAACGUACAAGAACACCAAGAACUUCAUUUUAUUGGCUAAAAGAUAUUAUUCGUCAAAGAGCACUACCAAGUACCUUUAUUACACCAUCAAAACUACCAAAGAUAAUAUAUUUGAAUGGAACUGAAAUUUAA